CUAAGGAAGGAGAAGAUCGUGUCUACAUGAAAAUCACUGCCAUGAUGGUCCAGAUAUUGAUUGACAUGGCCCCAGAGUAUCGCAAAUACGUUGUAUUAGAGAAUGGAAAGCGAGUAAUCUAUGUGCGGGUACUACAUGCUAUAUAUGGGAUGGUGCAAUUGAGCCUCCUCUUCUAUAAUCAGUUUCGAAGUGAUUUGGAGGCAGAGGGAUUUGUUUCCAAUCCGUAUGACCCGUGUGUUGCUAACAAAGUUGUUGAUGAAAAACAGCAAACUAUCAGAUUUCAUGUUGACGAUCUUAUGUCAAGUCACAUGGAUCCGAAAGUAAAUGACAAAAUUGCUAAGUGGUUGAACAUGAGAUAUGGUUCAAUAAAGGCAUGCACAAUCGUCAGAGGAAAGAUACACAGAUAUCUUGGAAUGACUUUGGAUUUCUUGGUGAAAGGAAAACUCAAGAUCCGCAUGGACGACUAUGUCAAGAACAUGUUGGAAGAACAUGUUGGAAGAUUUUCCUAUCAAGUUCAACAAGGAUUCAAAGCAGGAAACACCAGCUGGUGA